GUGACGGGGUUGGGGACACCGGACUAUGCACGAUUGCUGACAGUACUCGGGCUGUGAGCCGUGUCUCCUGCACCUUGCUUGAAUUCAAGGUGCCUCGCUGCCAGCUCGCAAUCCAGAGUGCAGAAUCUUGAGGUCAUGAUUUCCAACGAGUGCAUCAAGUAUGAUGAUUAUGCCUGUGGUAAGCUCUUGUAUGCACCAAGCUUGCCUAAAGCCUUGCGUGUCGUCCAGCUCGUCGGUAUACAGUAAUACCGUCCCCGACCCGCUGUAUCAACGGACGAAGCUCGAUCACGACCGAUUCUCGAAACAGUGCAUCACCUAUCCACACAGAUUCUCCAGGCCGUCUCGGGCUUCCACAAAUAGCAUAGGCCUGAGGACGACCUCUUGCACAGUCAGCCAGCGUCACCGGCCCACGGCCAAUGAUCGACAGUGCCGAGGGAGAAUGCCCCGCGCACCGUCACGGCGGCUUACAUCUUGGCAUGCUACGCCCGCACUCCCGGGCCUGGGGAUCCUGCCGACCACACACAGUAAGGGAUGAUGUGCGAGCGGCGCUCCUGUGCGCACUUAAAAGUAUGUCCGCAGAUAGCAUACCGGCAGACCGUGCCUUCUACGAGAAGCUCUACUAUCUUCAUCCGGAAGAACUCGCGUUCUUCACUGCUCAGACGGGGAUCACGGAUGAGGAAGAACUGAAGCAGCACAUAAUGAGUGUCCAGGCGGACGCUCUGAAGGUCACACCGUACACUUGCAUCAGGGCGUUUGCCUUCACGAAGCUCGUAGCAAGCCGUAUCCCUGCGUACGAACAAGCUAUCAAGCUGGGGAAGGAGCGCGAGGGCGCUAUCCUGCUCGAUAUAGGAUGUUGCUUCGGAGUUGACGUCAGGAAGGCUGUGGCCGACGGCUUUCCCACUGAGAACGCCAUUGGGUCGGAUUUGCACCCGGAGUACUGGGACCUCGGUCACAAGCUCUUCAAGACUACCGCAAACGAAUUUCCUGCCCACUUUCUUGGUGGCGAUGCCUUCGAAUCAGCCUUCUUCGAGAGUGGCCCGGUUCUCGACUCGCCGCCCGCCACGCCGGCACCUGCGCUCGCCUCCCUGAAGACACUCACGCCGCUGAACGGGCACGUCUCCGUGAUCCACGCCUCCUCGUUCUUCCACCUGUUCACCGAGGAGAAGCAGCUCGAGCUCGCGCGCAAGCUCGCAGGGCUGCUCUCGCCCGUGCCCGGAUCCAUGAUCUUCGGCAUGCACGCUGGGCUGCCCGAGAAAGGCCUGUGGACGGAGCGCUCCGCGAUGCGCAAUGGGCAGCAGAUGUUCUGCCACUCGCCGGAGAGUUGGAGAGGGCUGUGGGACGGAAAUGUGUUCGCGAAGGGCAAGGUGAAGGUCCAGGUAGCUCUGAAAGAGGCGCGGGAGCGGAUGCUGCUUUGGUCUGUUACGAGGCUUUGAAGGAUAUCAAGCUGAUUCUACUUGUAUGUGUGAUAUCGAUGUUCGGCAUUCCGCGUCGACGUCGUGGAUCCUCGGUAAUUCGUAUGUCUUGCUUUUGCGACUACACCUGAAUCAGCGCGAACAGGACGCUACGCUACACCGCCUCU